AUGAAAUACAAUCUUAAACACACAGAAGACAAAAACUUUGUGAAGUCUAAACCCCUAUCGAAAGGAAGCAAACAAACUAUAGUUGGCGAAAAGAUUACAAAGAUGAAAGAAGAAUCCCACAAAACAAAACAGACCAAAACCGAAGAUCCCAUCACAAAGGAAACAUACCAAGCCCGUCAAAGAACCUUAUUGCAAAGAGAUUAUUUGCUCGUACAUAUCGAAGAUCUACUGCCGAAACAAGUUUUUGCAGUUUCUGUCAUAAAUGAUUAUUUAGUUUGUAUCCAAGCCCAAGGCCUUGAGCCCAUGAGUGAUGUUGGCCUGCUGGGGAAGCACCAGUUUUAUCUUAGAACUUAUCAUUAUUUCGUUUGA